AUGAGAGUCCCUUACAUCCCUAAUCCUCCUCCAACAUCUUCCCCAGAAGAAGAAGCAAUCGUCGCUGCAAUUGCGGCCCGCCGUCAUCCCCGCCCCAUUCAACCCCUCGAUUUGGCACUACUGCAUUCCCCUCACGUCGCCGCUGGCUGGAACACUUUUGUCGGCGCCAUCCGCACAAAGGCGUCAUUGGCCGAUGAUCUACGAGAACUUGCCAUCUGUCGCAUCGCCGUUGUGAACAGAGCUUGGUAUGAGUGGAUGCACCAUGCUCCUUUGGCUGUCAACAGCGGUGUGUCGUCGGAGUCAAUGAAUGAGAUUAUGAAGGAGGGGACUUUAUUGAAGAGUGAUAAGCCAGAGGGUUUUAAUGAGAAGCAGUGGGCUGCUUGUGUAAUUGCUGAUGAGAUGACGAGGAAUGUUCAGGUGAAAGAUGAGACAUUCGAUUGGCUCAAAUCCCUAGCCACUGACCAAGAGGUUGUUGAGGUUGUCGCAACGGUUGCAUGCUAUAACUGUGUCAGCCGUUUUCUUGUAGCAUUAGAUGAUAAUGGGAAUAAUUGCAUUUAG